UUUUUGACUGAGAAGACCGACCAGGAGAAAAUGAACAACUCUGCAGUGAACUUCACCACACCUGAAACAUUCACCAACCUCACAUCUUCAUUACUUCAUGAAAGGGAAAUGCUAGAAAGUUUUACAUCAGGCUUCAAUUUCAUGUUUGGUUUUCUUAUACACACCUAUGUUUUGUGGCUCAUCGUCAAAGGGACAGGAAGCAGCGUUGCAUCAGAUUUCUUCAACCUCAAUCUCUCUGUUUGUGAGAUCUUGUUCUCUCUGAAUUGUUUAUUAAGUAUAGUGGUAAAUGCCAUAAGAUUUAAAGGAUUCACAACAUUACCACCAUUUUUACAAGGACUUGCAUUCACUGGUCGUCCUCUGUUUCAGUGUCUGAUCUGUGUUGAGCGUUACCUGGCAGUGGUUCAUCCUGUAACCUUUCUGAAGUACAAACCUCUCAGAUAUAGAGUGAUCUGCUGCACUGCGGCCUGGAUAAUUAUUCUUGGCUCUUGUUUGUUCUGCCUGUUUUCAUCCAUCUCAAAUACGUUUUAUAUAUAUUCAUGGUUUUUCUCCAUUCAGUUGCUACUUUUCCUCUCCAUUCAGUUGUUUUGCCUUUUGGUCAUCCUUAAAUCUCUGAAGCAGUCAGGACCAGGAGAGAAAAGAAGAGAGAGAGAGGAGGAAAGCCACAUGAAGAGAAGAGCGUUUAUUAUUAUUCUAAUAACUACAGUGAGCAUGAUUAUCAUGCUUGUUCCAUAUACUAUUACUGGACUUGUCACUGCUGUGAAACAAUUUUAUUCAGCUCUUUGGUUUAUUAGUUUUAUGUGUUUUAUGCUGGCUGGUUUUGUACAGCCUGUUCUUUACCUGCACCGGACUAGGAAACUAUCCUGCCUCUUUUCCUUCAUAAAAACUAAAAUAGUUAUAAUUUGUUGA